AUGCUGAACAAGUUCGAUUAUUUACCAGGUUCAUGCGAGGGAGAUUUUAAAUUUAUUCAAAGCGAAUGUCGAGUUCAAUGGACUGACGGUAAAACAUUCAUCUAUUCAACCAAUACUAUCCAUCCGCGACCAUCAUUCUUGUCACCGAUAGCGAAAUUACUUCGCUAUGCGCAUCACCAACAGGAGAACAUCGAAGAUUCAGAAGCCCAAAAGCCUUGGAGUUUAUUAUUACAAACAAUUCAUCAAACAAUUACAUCAUAUUUGGGAGAUGCAACAACGAGCGAUGCUAUCAGCGAUUUCUUCGUCUAUUUCCUGACUGACAACGAUGAACAAAUACGAAAUAUGGGUGGCAAACUUCUCACAACAUUCGUCCACGAACUACUCAUAUCAAGCGAUGAAAAUCUCCCUCCGUUAAUAUCCUGUUCAAUCCUAGAGAAGAUUCUCCAAUCAAUGAUAAAUCAUGAGCAAUAUACAAUCAACGAAAGCCUGUUGAACCAAUGUUUACAGCCGUCGUUAGAAUGGUCCAUCAAUGAUUUAUGCUCGUUACUAACCGUGUUAGCUGUGAAAUCAAUGCAAACAGCAGACCAUUGGAUACAAUAUUUCAUUAAUUUAAUGAAUUUGAACCGAGAACAAUGGAUGUCGUCAUCAAUAAAGACAAAUCCAAGUUUUCUCGAGUUCUGUCGGCAAAUUCCAGCGUCAUUAUUCACACGAUUGUUCGAACCGAUGAUGCGAGACUCAUUUCAUGUUCUCAAAUUCAUCAUUAUCAACUGUAAAAAAGAUUGGAUUAAAGUCCUAUUGGAAAUCAUCGAUACACAAAUGAAAGACAAUCGCCUACAAGAAAAUCUUCAUGAAUUAUUAAAAGAUGCUCGAUUACAUGCAUUUGGCGAUUGGAAAGUCGCAUCAACGUUCGAUCUUUUACUUUCAUUAAUCAAACUAACCACAGACAAAUACCCAUUAUUGCUCUCCGAAUUUCUCCUUCUCUUGGAGAAAGUCUUCGACGGACAACUAAGUCCGAGAAACUUCAACAUUCCGUCAACAAUUCAACCGAUGGCUAAUAUUCUUAAUUUAAUAUUUUCCAAUGACAGCUUUCUUUGCAAUUCCACAAUUCGUCGCAGUAUUCUUCUAUCAACCACAUCGAUUCUUCUUCAUCUAAUCGAUCACAUGAAUUUGCAAGCAUUUGUCAUGAAUACCGAUGAUAUGAAACAACUGAUUCAAUCGACAAUAUUCUGCUCGAUCAAUUAUAAACAAACGUUACGUUUGUUCAAUUAUAUCCUUCGAUUAAAACAACAAAUUUUGAUCAAAGAUUGGUUCGAACAACUACUAACCUUAGCAUUAUCAACAAAUGAUAAUCUCUCAGACGAUGAACGACCAUCAACGGUUCACCUCAACCCAUCGACAAUAACCGAACUCAUCGGUAUGUACACGUAUGAAAUGAUUGAACUAUUACAUGAGAAACUCGAUCAUACAAGAAAUUUGAUUUGCUUAACCACAUUCAAUUUUCUGUCGACUUUUAUUCAACAAUGUUUACCUACGUGUAUUCAAUGUUUGCUACAUAGAAAUGCUCGUAUACGUAUAUCGAUUGCACGAUUGGUAGGCCGAGCGCUGAAUAUGCAAUCGGGAGAUCUUAUCAAACUUCUACAAAGUUUACAAGAUUCAACUGAUGAACGAAUUGACUUAACAACGGACACGUCAUUAAACGUAAUGAGCGAUCAACAGCAAGCGGUUGCGCAUAUACAUACGACGCCAGUGUAUCUUCUCGAGCGUGAAAAGAAACGUUCGAAGUCUCAAAUACCUUUCCGUACAAUUAAACAGUCAGAUUUUGGUUUAUUAUCAAAACAUUUGAAAGCGUUAACACAUGUCGAGGAUGCAUCAAACACUAACGCAGCAGAUUUCGAUGCGAUUAAAACAUCGUCUGCUGUUCUCGAGCGCUUAAAUCCUGUUCUAGAACAGCCAGCUCAGUGGGUUAAAGUCGAAAACAAUGAAACACAACCCGUCGUGGUUCAUCCGAAUUUUCGCAUCGUCGCAACGAUGUCGCCGCCAACUGGUCGCUUACAAAAUGCUUCAAUUGAAACCAAUCACGAACUUUCACCAGCUCUAUACAAUCGAUUUUUGAUUAUUUUUUAUCAAGGCUUGAAUUUAUCGUCGCCGGACGUUUAUAAAAACUUGUUCACAGCAUACUUGCCAACCAAUGAAAUACAACUGAUUGAUACGCUUUGUGAGAAACUUCGCUCGGAGCAAUUAACCCCGCGACAAUUGGUUCAAUUUAUUGACUGUGCAUUCAAAUUACAACAUUCACGAGUCGUCACAGAACACAAAAUCGAUUUACCCUCGGUUUUACUCUCCGCUUACGAACUUGUCUUCAGUAGUGAUUCCAACAAACCAUUAGCAUCACCGGUUAAACUAUACCUAGAAAAAGAAGCCCAACAUGGUUCGAUAAAUUUCUUCAAUUUAUCUGUUUCUGAAAAAGCACGUAAAGAACAUCGCGAACAUAUCAUUGAUCCUGACAAAACACCAACACGAUACGACGCUGCAAAACGCCUAUGCGCAUCGGUGAUUUGCUCACGUCCAGUCCUUCUCGAAGGUCCGGCUGCCACGGGUAAAACUAGUUUAGUCGAAUACUUAGCACACUGUGACAACAAAAAACUCUACAGAGUUAACAAUACCAAAGGUACGACUAUCCAAGACUAUUUUGGUUCGUAUAUGCCGAAUGGCGAAUUUUUGAAUGGCGCGCUAUCUAGUGCAAUGCUUCGUGGUGAUUGGUUUGUUGCCGAUGAGUUCGAUUUAGCUGAGCCAGCUGUCAUGAAUGUUUUGUAUCCGAUUUUAGAGGGACAAAAAUGUCUCACCGUACCAAACACUGGCCAGACUCUAGUUGCGCGGGAUGGAUUUCGAUUUUUUGCAACACAAAACGGUACAAGUUAUGUCGGACGAAAACAGCUACCAAAAACAUUACGUUCAAGAUUCUUAGAAAUACAAUUUCACUCUUUUACAGAAAACGAAUUGCAAUUCAUUAUUGUCCAACGUAAAUCAACGUCCACCGCUCCGAAAUCAUCGACAGUAUUCGAUGAAGAUCUGGAAAAAGUCGCACCACAGAUAGCAUCAAUGGUUAAAAGUCUCAAUCAACAAAUCGACGAAAAGCAACUACCGAUCCUAGGCGCACCGAAACUCGGUCUAACAAUGCGUGAAGUUAUCAAAUGGAUUAAUCGAAAACAACGAAAGAUCGAUGUCGAUUGGGAUGAGCACGCACUAAGAUUAUUAGAAUCACGUGUACCAAAAAAACAUAGUACUGCAUUCAUCACGUGUCUUCAAACUUCAUUUCCACAUCUGAUAGAUUCACCAUCUCAGGUGAAAAUCGAAGGAAAUAAAAUCUCGCUGAAUCGACCAUCUCGUCUACCAAUAUCGUACACUUUUACAGAUUUCGAUGCAGCUAUUCAUUUACAAUUGGCAUCAGCAUCGCAAAAUUUGCUCCUGGCACUUUGGCGUGUGUUCGCUGCUGCUGAACAGCACGAACCAGUUCUUCUACUAGGGCCAACUUGUUAUAAAUCUGAACUAAUCAAAAUCUGGUCGAAAUUGAUGGCAAAGGAGUCCGAAGUUUGUGUUAUAAACUGCUCAACAUCAACUGAAACAAAUGAUCUGAUCGGAUCGAUCAGACCUUAUACACAUGCCGAUGCAUUGAGUUUAUUAUUGAACUGUUUAAAUCAACUGUAUGAACGUGCGAAAAAGAAUCUCUCAAGUGCUUCUCCAGCAGACAUUGAAAGUUUUUCUCAAUUUCGUACAAAUUGUGAUGAACUUGCAAUUGACGUCGAUAAAUUUAUCAGCGAAACUAAAAAACAACCGGGUAAAAGAGCCGUUCGACAACGUCCGACAACAAAGCUUACCGAACAACCCCCUGGACCUGCUGUGGAAUCUGAAGAUACUGAAAUUGAUUGCGAAUUAGAUGAAUUGAAUAAUUAUACACCUCUGCCAACAUCUAGUUUACCCCCAAGGUCAAUAGCAACAGCAGAACAAUUGAGCAGCACAAAGAAUCGUCCCUCUAGUGACGACGAUGACGACGGUCAAUAUUUCGAAAAAGUUUAUCAUACCAAAGACGUUGUUGAUAUGAUGGCUAAUGGUGAAGAUGAAGAUGAUCCAUUUGCCGUGCCGCACAUCGCUGAAGAUGAAGGAGAAGAAGUUGAUCCUUUUAGCACUGUCUCCGCAAAUGCUACCGAAGAAACAGAAGACAACGAGGAAGAAGCUGAUCCUUUUAGCACUGCCCCUACAAACGUUCCUCUGACAUCAGAUAAAGAAGAGGAAGCUGACCCAUUCAGUAUACGACAAUCAUCACAGUUAUCAGCUGAUCUCGAAAUUAUAGACUUUUUCAAUGGAAUGCAGUUUGAUGAUCAAUCAACAAUAUACUCCUCGACUUCUUCAUCAGGAACGAACGGCAAUCCUAUUGCUGAGGCGUAUGAAUCAAUUAAAAACCGACUGGAGAUAAUAACGUCUAGUCUCGAUGGUAUAUGUCACGUUGGGUCGAAGGAAAGUGGUCUUUUGUUAAUCAAAGUUCGUUGUGAAAGUAUAAUUAACGAAAUUGAACGUGCAAUUCAGCAAGGCAAAUCGAAUAUCUUCUUAUUUCAAGAUGGUCCUGUUACAAGUGCUGUCAAAGAGGGUAAAGUCUUAGUUUUAGAGGAUAUUAACGAACCAUCCCAAGCUGUCAUCGAACGGCUGAAUAGUUUAUUCGAAACUGAACCGUCAUUUAUUCUCUAUGAAGAUUUUACUGCCCAAGGAUCGAAAACAACUGCAAUCGAUCCGNUUGAACGUGCAAUUCAGCAAGGCAAAUCGAAUAUCUUCUUAUUUCAAGAUGGUCCUGUUACAAGUGCUGUCAAAGAGGGUAAAGUCUUAGUUUUAGAGGAUAUUAACGAACCAUCCCAAGCUGUCAUCGAACGGCUGAAUAGUUUAUUCGAAACUGAACCGUCAUUUAUUCUCUAUGAGGAUUUUACUGCCCAAGGAUCGAAAAUAACUGCAAUCGAUCCGCAACGUGCGAAAUUUCCGAUUUUACCAACAUUCCAAGUCUUCGCUACAGUACACACCGAUGAAAAGACCGAAAAUCGUCUACAACUAAGUGCAGCCACGCGUUCACGAAUGACAGAAAUUCGUGUUCAACCCUACGAUAACAGCGAAUUGAAACAGUUGGCAAUCAAAUCAGCGAUGAAUAAAUCUCUAGAGAAACACAACCAGAAUGAAAUCACGAAAGUUAUCAAUAUUUUAGCUGAUGAUCUUGCCUUACAGCUUGCUCAAACAAUGAAAAUCGAUUCCUUGGACUCGCGUCAUUUUGUUCGAUUUGGUGAAUGUUUAGGUUUACACGCCGAGCAUAUGCCGGCUGCACAAGCAGCUGCUAUUUGCGUGAAAUUUCUCUUUCUUGACAGCGUUGUUGAACCGAAAAAAACCAAGAAUUCCAAUAUUGAUCCAUCCACUAAAAUCUGGCAUAAAGUCUUGACCGCAUUCAAAUGUGAGAUGAAUUUUCUGUCAACCGAUGAAAAGGAUUCGACGAAUGAGAAUUCUGAGCAAGUGACUGUUUUUGCCGAUUUAAGUAAAUGGUGCUCGAUCGAAGAUAUGACAAUCAUCGAUCCGGAAACAAAACACCCGCGGGCACAUUGGGGUUUAAGAUUGAAAUCAAAUAAUUUAAUCGCACCAUUUGCACCAAAAGUACAAUCACGACCUGAAAAUCUUUCGUUUGGUCUUGCACUAACGAAAUCAGUAUUGAAUAACAUUUCACGAAUCGUAUUUUCCUUACAUUCAUCCAAUCGACAAUUGCUCGCUGGGCCACCCGGUGUCGGAAAAACGAAGAUUAUCCAAGUUUUAGCUGAAAUGUUAGGCUAUGAAGUUGUUCGCAUUAAUUUUAGCAGUAAUACUACGUUCGAAGAUCUAAUUGGGUCGUUUGUACCGCGUGUGGUCAAUGGUCAACGAGUGUUUGAGUUUCAAGAAGGUCCACUGUGUACCUCGUUGAAGAAGAAUCGUCGAAAUACGGUUAUUCUACUCGAUGAAUUGAAUUUGGCACGAAAAGAAUUGUUAAAUCAGCUGAUGCCAUUAUUUGCCAACGAGAGUCAACUGUUUAUUCCAGCAUUAGCCAAAUCUAUUCCGAUCGAUGGAUCAAUUAUUGUAGCGGCAAUGAAUCCAGCAUCGAUCGGCGGCGGACGAGAGAAACUACCUCGAUCAACUCAAGCACACUUUAUUCAAGUUCAACUGUCAACCUUCGAUGCACCUGAGCUAAUGAAUAUUACAAUCAAACUAUUAUCCGGUCAUUUGAUGGCGGGUUAUCUAACCGGACCCUUAGUGGAAAAAAUCAAUAUAUUUCAUUUUGAAAUCGGUGAAAAAGCUCGAUUAAGACAAAUCGGACGAGUGGGCGGACCAUAUGACUUUAAUCUUCGUGAUAUCGAGAAAUUAUCGCAAUUGAUUGGAGCGCUUUCUCUGACGCAUCGUGCGCAUAUGAAUCUUUCCGAGGAAGUCAAACCAACAAAUCAAACUGAUGACGAAAAUCUGCGUCGAAUCGAAGAACAAAAUAUCAUUCGUAGCUUGCGGGUUUAUCUUGACAUUGUUUAUGCUUCUCGAUUCGAAAGUAUUCAAGAUCAGGAUGAGGUACGUGAUAUGAUUAAAAAGAGGUUUCCAUUGGACACAAAUCCGACUAGUUCAAUAGCUCAGAACCAAACAGAACUGAUUGAUAGUGAUUUAAAUUUGCAAGGUUAUGUCCGUCUCGGAUUCGUCUAUAUUGAGAAAAAGGAAUACCAGUCAGUUUAUCGACCUUUAAUUCACAGUCAACGAACAUUAGAAAAACUACAAUUAUUAGCAGCAGCAACAGUCAGUAAAGCAACUGUCUUAAUCGAAGGUGGUGAUUGCUCAGGAAAAACUGCACUUGUGUGCGAACUGGCGCGAUUGUGUGGUCGACGAUUACUUGUUUUAAAUUUAAAUCAUGAAACAACAACUUCCGAUUUACUUGGCUCAUGGACAGUCAUUAACAAGCAAUCAUAUGAAAAAAGGCGAAAGCAAACUAGCAAACAAUUGCUCAGCGAUAUUGUUCGUUUUGCAUUAGCAGUUCUUAUUCCAUUAUCACAAAGAUUUUAUGAAAUCGAACAACUCAUUCGAACCAUUACACGCUUGAUCCAUCAGUGGGAACACGAAAAUACUGACCAAGCUCAAGAUGCAUUUCAACAAUGUCGUUCAUUUUUGGAACACGAAUUGAAACAGGCGGAUGAAGUUCAUGGACAAGCGAUUGUAGAAGAAAUAGAGAAAUAUUUGAAUACACUCGAUCAAGUUGAAGAUGAAUUUAAAUUGGUCAAAAAUCUUGGUGAAGGGUUAACAUUCACAUUCAAUAAAGGGCCAUUGAUCCAAGCAAUGGAACGUGGAGAUUGGAUUCUAUUCGACAAUAUCAAUUGCGCACGUGGAGAUGUUAUUGAACGUCUCAAUUCCUUAGCUGAAGCUGAUCCCACAUUGACUCUAUACGAGUCAUCAGAAGCAGAAGAAUACAGCCGUGGCAACGGUAUACAUAAAGAUUUUCGCUUAUUUGCUAUCGCCAAUAAUAAUCGUAAGAUGGCAAAUAAAUUAUCCAGUGCUUGGCGAAAUCGAUGUUUAAUUAUUCGAAUGCAGCCAUUGGAUAAUCAAUUAACAUUUGAGAAUAUUCAUAAGCAUGACCUAGCUGAUGUAGUCAAAGGAGAGUUACAAGGUAUCAAUGGUGGACAAGAGCUCGCACAUACACUAUUACGAACACACGCAUCAGCCAGACAACUUUCCGAUAAAAAAGAAUUACAAUUUAUCACAUCGUAUCAAUUAUCUUAUCAGAAUCUCAAACGGUCAGCGCGUAUUUUGCGCACCUAUGUUUCCAAUAAACACGAUCCAGUAUUUGCUAUAAAACCGGCUGUUUUUCGAAGUUAUCUUGAUCCGAUAUUGAAUGAAGGUGGAAAAACUGCGUUGCUUGAUGCAUUGGCCGUGCAUUUAUUACAUUCGGAAUUGAACAAAGCUUCGUUUACUACUCUACCAAUCAUAACCAUCGAAGAUCAACAACAACAAAUGGAUUGGUAUGCUCCAGCACAGAACCUUCACGAAUUGAUCGCAUCUAUUGAAGAAUGUGUGAUUGAUCUUCACUUGAAGAUCGUCACGACUCACAUACAUGAAGACAUAUGUAAAAAACAAGAAUUUACCGAUUAUGGCAUCAGUCUACUUGAUUAUCUGCAACCGUUGGUCAAAACUAAACAAGAAAAUCAAUCUGAUGAAGGUCUGCACUUCGAAGCAUCGUCAAUUCGAUCGAAAUUAUUAACCAACGAUGUACAACAGUCAUUAGAAUUCAGCUCGCAUCUGAAAAAAUGGUUCUUCAAAACACAUCAGUAUCUUCACNUGGAAAAAAUCAAUAUAUUUCAUUUUGAAAUCGGUGAAAAAGCUCGAUUAAGACAAAUCGGACGAGUGGGCGGACCAUAUGACUUUAAUCUUCGUGAUAUCGAGAAAUUAUCGCAAUUGAUUGGAGCGCUUUCUCUGACGCAUCGUGCGCAUAUGAAUCUUUCCGAGGAAGUUAAACCAACCAAUCAAGCUGAUGACGAAAAUCUGCGUCGAAUCGAAGAACAAAAUAUCAUUCGUAGCUUGCGGGUUUAUCUUGACAUUGUUUAUGCUUCUCGAUUCGAAAGUAUUCAAGAUCAGGGUGAGGUACGUGAUAUGAUUAAAAAGAUGUUUCCAUUGGACACAAGUCCGACUAGUUCAAUAGCUCAGAACCAAACAGAGCUGAUUGACAGUGAUUUAAAUUUGCAAGGUUAUGUCCGUCUCGGAUUCGUCUAUAUCGAGAAAAAGGAAUACCAGUCAGUUUAUCGACCUUUAAUUCACAGUCAACGAACAUUAGAAAAACUACAAUUAUUAGCAGCAGCAACAGUCAGCAAAGCCACUGUCUUAAUCGAAGGUGGUGACUGUUCAGGAAAAACUGCACUUGUGUGCGAACUGGCGCGAUUGUGUGGUCGACGAUUACUUGUUUUAAAUUUAAAUCAUGAAACAACAACUUCCGAUUUACUUGGCUCAUGGACAGUGAUUAACAAGCAAUCAUAUGAAAAAAGGCGAAAGCAAACUAGCAAACAAUUGCUCAGUGAUAUUGUUCGUUUUGCAUUAGCAGUUCUUAUUCCAUUAUCACAAAGAUUUUAUGAAAUCGAGCAACUCAUUCGAACGAUUACACGCUUGAUCCAUCAGUGGGAACACGAAAAUACUGACCAAGCUCAAGAUGCUUUUCAACAAUGUCGUUCAUUUCUGGAACAUGAAUUGAAACAGGCGGAUGAAGUUCAUGGACAAGCGAUCGUAGAAGAAAUAGAGAAAUAUUUGAAUACACUCGAUCAAGUUGAAGAUGAAUUUAAAUUGGUCAAAAAUCUUGGUGAAGGGUUAACAUUCACAUUUAAUAAAGGACCAUUGAUCCAAGCAAUGGAACGUGGAGAUUGGAUUCUAUUCGACAAUAUCAAUUGCGCACGUGGAGAUGUUAUUGAACGUCUGAAUUCCUUAGCUGAAGCCGAUCCCACAUUGACUCUAUACGAGUCAUCAGAAGCAGAACAAUACAGCCGUGGCAACGGUAUACAUAAAGAUUUUCGCUUAUUUGCCAUCGCCAAUAAUAAUCGUAAGAUGGCAAAUAAAUUAUCCAGUGCUUGGCGAAAUCGAUGUUUAAUUAUUCGAAUGCAGCCAUUGGAUAAUCAAUUAACAUUUGAGAAUAUUCAUCAACAUGACCUAGCUGAUGUAGUCAAAGGAGAGUUACAAGGUAUCAAUGGUGGACAAGAGCUUGCACAUACACUAUUACGAACACACGCAUCAGCCAGACAACUUUCCGAUAAAAAAGAAUUGCAAUUUAUCACAUCGUAUCAAUUAUCUUAUCAAAAUCUCAAACGGUCAGCGCGUAUUUUGCGCACCUAUGUUUCGAAUAAACACGAUCCAGUAUUUGCUAUAAAACCGGCUGUCUUUCGAAGUUAUCUUGAUCCGAUAUUGAAUGAAGGUGGAAAAGCUGCGUUGCUUGGUGCAUUGGCCGUGCAUUUAUUACAUUCGGAAUUGAACAAAGCUUCGUUUACUACUCUACCAAUCAUAACCAUCGAAGAUCAACAACAACAAAUGGCUUGGUAUGCUCCAGCACAGAACCUUCACGAAUUGAUCGCAUCUAUUGAAGAAUGUGUGAUUGAUCUUCACUUGAAGAUCGUCACGACUCACAUACAUGAAGACAUAUGUAAAAAACAAGAAUUUACCGAUUAUGGCAUCAGUCUACUUGAUUAUCUGCAACCGUUGGUCAAAACUAAACAAGAAAAUCAAUCUGAUGAAGGUCUGCACUUCGAAGCAUCGUCAAUUCGAUCGAAAUUAUUAACCAACGAUGUACAACAGUCAUUAGAAUUCAGCUCGCAUCUGAAAAAAUGGUUCUUCAAAACACAUCAGUAUCUUCACUCCAACAAGAUUAUUCUCUCAUUCGAUAGAACUGAAGAUUCAUUGAAUUUACUAAAUGUAACCAGUACCGAAUGUUACAAACGAAUCAUUGAAUUCGCACAAGGAACUUCAUUUCUCGAUGCACAACAUCGUUUGACUGAAUUACAGCAAGUCAAUAACACAGUUAAUCAAUUAUCCUCUCUUUCACGAAAACUCCAAUCAAUCUGCAAAAUUUCUCAUUCAUUAAAUCCACUGAAAUGGUGCGCCCAAAUUCAAGAGUCGAUCAGUAUCCUUUUGAUCACUGAAACAUAUAUGAAAUGGGUUGCUUUUCCAUGUCAACCAAUGGCAAAGAACGAUUUGCAUAUCGUUUCCCAAACUCAAGAAUCCAUUCGACAACGAAAUCAAACGAAUGUUGAUGAUGACCAACAGGAAUCGAAGUCGGCUUUGAAACUAAUCAAUGUCCAUUUACAGAAAGUUCAGUCCAUUCCGAUCAUCUCAUCUGCUGAUCAACGUUUGGACAUCAUGUCAAAAUUGUACCAUUAUCUAUCCGUGACAGAAGAUGACAAAUACAUUUUAUUAGCGGCGUCGAAGUUAGAAUUGAAUGUUGCGUGUAAACUAACGAUGAAUUUCACGAUCAAAUCACAGUUUAUCGAAAAGAUGGAUGAACAGCAAACAUUAUUAAAUUCGUCGAAUUUACUCGCGAGUUUGAACUGCCUGUAUUUCAUGCAUACAAUUCUGCGUGAGAUCUACGCAGAGAUCAAGUCAUGCCAUGGACAAAUCGAUAAAAUUCGUGACAAAUACGAUUCCGAAAAAAAUAAAUUAAGUGGGAAUGUCAGCGAGAUUGAUUUAGAAAUCGAAAAGAUUUGUGCGAAGCGAGAUCAGUUAUUCGAACCGCGAUCUCCAAGUGAUGAAACGAUUAGCAUCGAAGAUGAACUAGAGAAACUUCGAAGUGAAGAACAAAAACUAGUCGAUGAAAAAGAGCGUCAUUCGCGUGCGCUGAAAGCAAUUGAAGGCAUCUAUGAAGAUGUGUACAAUUUAUUCUUAUCACUACGAGAAAGUUUGAAGAAGUUUCAAGCAAACGGAUGGUUCCAAACCAUUCGGGAAUACGGUCGACGUCGGCAAGAGAAUCAAAUAAGUGAAUUGCUGGAAAUCAUGUCACGAAUCUAUAGAGCAGAAUACGAAUUGAACUUAACUUAUUCAUCGUCAAACAAAAUUGACGAAGAACAAAAACAAUUGAAACCGGAAGUUCUACGACAAACUGUUUUCAAUCAAAUGAACUUCGAUGAUAUCAACACUCCGCAUGGGCGUGCAAGUUUGACGCUGAUGCAACUGAUCUAUCCAAAUUUAUUCCAGCAAAAUAUGUUAAUCUAUGUGUUGAAGGAAGAUACACUGAAAACAAUCAUCGAAAAAUGUUUAGAAACAGAAACGACAAUCGAUAUUCUCAUCAAUGUUCAGCUAACAAAUAUUUUACUUGUCGAUAAACGGAAGUAUAACCGAUAUACGACAGAUGAAACUGGAAUGGCACGCUUAAACGAACAACUUCUUCUCCAACAUUUUGCCAUCAAUUAUGGAAGCGAGAAAACGUCACUUGACGAUGUUUUCAUUCAAUUUGCUGAUCGAUUUGUCACUGAAGUCAAACAGCGGUCUUCAAGUACAGAAAUCGAUACACAACGACAAAUUAUUCCACUGGAAAUCGAUCCGACAAUGUUUCAAUUUGCUUUGUCAUGUUUCAUUCAGAAGAUGAUUGAACAUCGACCCAUGGAAGAUUUUCUCAUUGAACCCAGUCAGAUCGAACGAUUGGAUCAAGAUAUUCAACGAUGGAUGCGAGAACAACAAUCAGCAGGUACAAUUCGUACUGAACAAGUCUACGACAAUCAGGUGGAAAACGAUAUUCAGAAGGAUAUCUCAUUUUUCUUGAAUAUCAUCGAACAGACAGAAUAUGUUGCUAAACAAACAUUGACAUCUACCGAUAUUAACUUUAGAGAACUUAUUCAAACGGUAAACAAAGCGCGAACCACUCUGACACUGCCGAUUCUGGAGAAGCUCGAGAAGAAAUUAGACGAUACGUUAGUUCUAUGUGUGCCGAAAGAACCCAUUGCGAAAGCACGAACAUUGACUAUUGUCGAAGCAAAACAAUUUCGUUAUCCCGUUUUAAAUCUUCUCAAAUCACAUCUCGCCGAUUCAGAAACGAAAUUUCAUGCUUGCAUUUCGACAUUCAUCGAUCGUAUCCACAUGAUUCAGGCGAAAUUUCUACAAACUCUUUUGAUGCACCAAUCGAACAUGAACGAAAUCGAUCUAUAUAAAAAAUCGCAUCAAAUAUCGAAGCUAUUGAUUUCAAUUGUCGAAUUCGUUAUGAACAACAUCGAUGCGUAUGGACUUACGACCUCAGUGGAACGUUUCUACCAAAGUAUUCAAUCAUUCGAGCGCGAGAUUAUCGAACAAGUUGCGCAUAUACAGUCCAAACCAGAAGAAGAAUUGACUGUAGAAGAUAAGCAUAGUUUCCAAUUGUUUACGAAAACUGAACUCGAAGAUGCGAUUCAACAUGUUGCUGUUAAUUCAACUGAAAACAACAACCCGACAACAAUCAUGGAACAGACCGAACCGAAAAUAACUAAGAAGAACGCCGAAGAAACGAUGCUCGAACGUCAAAAUGAAGAAUUAACAAAAGUUGAAAAAGAGCUCGAGCAACUACGACAAUUGGCGAAACAAAACGGCCUCUCCAGAAUUCAGUAUGCAAUCGUUAUGCUACUCAUGGAAUUGAAUGAAAUCAAACGUAAUAAAAACGUGUUGAACGAAGUUAGUUUAUUGAAAUGGAGAAACUAUCCAAAACAAUUGCAACGUCGAAUUGCGAGUGAAUCAAUCGAACAUAAGAAAACCGAUAUUUUCAAUAUUAAACGAGUGAAAUACGAGAAGACAUUCGAAAUCACUCCCGAAAUGCUUGACAAAUCGACUUAUCAUUCCAGUGGAAGCGAACAUCGACUUUCCGAAGAAGAUCGAAGAAAUCUUUUGACUUCAGCGAACUCGUUAACCGAUGGAACAUGUUCAGAAAAGGAUAUCAUAUUGGAAUUUCUCACUGAAUACUUCCACCAACAAACAUUCGAAUCCAUGUGGAAAAAUGUCGAAAAGAUAAUCUAUGACUUCUGCUCUCCAACGGAACAAAAUCGCUCGAGCCAAUGGAUUAUCGACAACUUAAAACAUCUCAUGGCAAUCUUUAUCUUUCUCGACUCAGCUUCACUAGCUGAAAUUUGCAAAGAUUUGUUGCAAUUCUGCCAAGAGCACGCACACGAUCAAACUGAACAAUUUCAUUUACCAACAUCGAAAUUAGAACUUCUUCGUACGAAAACUUUGGAAAACGCCAUUCAGCAACGCGCGAGUCAAUUGCAAAAGCUUAAUCCAUGUGACAAAUCGAAACUUCUGCUGAUCUCAUUCGAGGAUCAAGAUAGUCAAACAUAUGAAUUAGUACAUAUCUAUCCACGUUUGAUUCGAUUAUAUGAGCAACAUAAAACGCUAACACGAAUUUUACAUGAUCAGUCAAAUUAUAAUCAAGAAAUAGGUUUGCAGCUGUUAUACCUUCGACUAUCCGAUUGUAUUGCUCUUCUUUUCCCUGAGUUGCCAAUACUCUUCAUGAGUUCACUACAAUUAGAUGACUUUGACUUCGAAAAAGUUCAUCAUCUAGAGACUUAUCUCUCCAGUCAAGAAUUUCGAAUAUCGAUUAAAGAUUUGUACGAGAAACGGUUUGUUUUACAAGCCACGACAGGUGAUUCGAUAUCUCUUCUUUCCAGCAACAACGAAACAGCCAGUCAGACACUAAUCGACGCGUUGAAAAACGUUGUUCAAACAAUGACAAACGUGGCAACUAUCGAAGAUCUACAUAAACAUUGGCUCUCUCAGUUAUUUGAAAGCAAUGAAUAUCAUGCAUUUUUCGCAUUGGAAAUGCAGUUAUUCGUAAGUAAUUUCUUCGAUGAAAUGAAAGAUAAUCUAUCGGAACUCAAAAAUAAGUUCAACGAUACAGGAACUGUCAAAGCAACGAACUACUUGAAAUUUUCCGACUCGAUUGUCACUGAAUGUGGGCAAGAACUUCAUCGAUGCCGGUCGCGAAAAGUAACCGUUGAAAAAGAAUUGAAUGAAUUACCGUCGUCUAGUACUAGACGAGAUGAUUUAGAAAGAUCUGUUGAGAAGGCCACUCGAGAAUAUAACAACAUCGAAAAAGAGUAUCAAAUGAAAUUGAAUAAAGUUGCGAACGAACAGAUACGUCGACUGUUACAAGUCAAUCGUCAGUUACAAGUCAAAGGAAGUGCUUUGUCAUUGGAAAUCAUCGACAAGAUCCAAAACAAACAGCGUGAAGGAGUUGAAAACCAAGACAAGCAACAGGUUUACACAUCCAGCGAAUUCUAUGCGUAUUUAUUCCAGGCGAAAGCCACUCUACUCAAACUUGACAAGGCACAAUUCGAGAAAGUCAGAACUCGAGUUCAGCAAAUUCUCAAACAACUUCAGCAAGAACUCACACAAUGCUACGAUGAUUAUGAAAAAGCUCUGCAAUGGCUUCAAUCCGAUGAUAAGCUACACAAAAUCUUCCACAAUUAUCUGCUCGCUUACAAAUUAAUCCACAUUCAACUGUUUAAUUCCGUACGAAAUUGGCUACACGAUAUGAGCAAUCAACGAAAUUUGUAUUUGCAACAAAUGGAAGAUGUGAUCAAUCGAACAAACACGGCGAUUAUCGAAUCAACUGAGAUGAUCGAGCAGAUUAUCAAAGCACCACAUAUCACGGCGAUUGCAACAAGUCUGGAGACAGUUCAUGGAAGAGUCGAACAUCUCAGUCAAAUCGCCUUUCAGAUUAAUGAAGAUGCAAAUACCACACGUGUUGUCUAUUCUUCGAAAGUACUUUCGACUUUACUACAAUAUUGCGCAGGUUUAUACGCUCGUAUCGCAAUUUUCCUCUUUCAGCUGUUCAAAACUCAACAAACAAAUCCAUUAAUUUUCGGUCAAUUGAAAACCAUGUCAAUUCAAAUCAAUGAUCAGUCAUAUGAAUGGGAGGAUCACAUGAGACGAUUGAUCAGUCUCAGCGGAUAUCGUGAGCAUUCGGAUUUACCUGGCACAACCUUACCGGUCGAUGAAUAUUCCUUAAAAGAAUUUCAUAAAUCCCUCUCCUAUGAUUUUCGAAUGUUGCAACAUAGUUUCACCCUUCGAUAUAGCCAUACAUUCGGUGAAAUCUGUUACAAUCCGGCAGCACUAAUCGAUCAUGUCGAACGAAAAAUGAAAGAUCUUUUACAAAUUGGCGAUUGGAAUGAAGGUGGAAAGGCGACGGACGCACCAGCAAAAACAUAUCCUUUAGUGCAGGUCAGUUAUAACCUUAAUGUACUUGCUAAUAAUACUCAAUGUUUGAUAUCAAAACUCCUGGAAAAUCCGUCGGAUAUCUUGGAAAGCGACACGAUCAAAAAUUUACAACUAUUUUUAGAGAAUCUCAAACGUGCCAUAUGUUUAUCGUGUUCAUCGUCGUUAGACACAAUGCAUACGGAGUUCUUAGAUUAUAUUCAUAAAGAUCAUCUGGAUCUUUUGUUAGAACAAGGCCUUCAAUUCAUGAAGUGCUUAUUUAACGAACGAAAGAAAUUGAUCGAACCGUUGAGUCACAUUCGAUCAGUUUUAGAAAAUUUCAUCGACCAAUUUAUUCUAUUUUUCAUUCAGUUAAUUCAACAACAGCAACAAAAACAAGUCGAUAUCUUGGAAAAAGAUUACAACAAAACCAUCAAUACACGUGUGAGUUUCGAAGAUAUUCACUUAUUAGAAACAUUGUCCAAAGCGAAUUUGAUUCGUCAUUUUCGACUUGUGGAAGGCAUUGAUGUAGAAAUCGAUUGGUACAGUCAACUGGUACAAUUUCUUCUUCAAGGUUGGCUGCAAGCUUCGAAAAUUCUUCGCGCAUUUGCAGCUCCGUCCAGUGGAGAACAUGAUUCUACAUCGAAGCGUUUACGCUAUUCAUUUGUCUUCAAAUUAUUAAACGACGAAGGGCAACAAAUCUUCAUAUUUAUCAGACAAACUAUCGGACAACUAAAAGAAAAAUAUCCGAGAAGAGAAAUGCUUAACGAUGAACCUGUUGUUGUUUAUUUGAUUCGACUGACGAAAUUACUUCGAUAUGAAUUAUUGCGAAUGUCGACGGUUAAUUUGAAAGACUUGAAAAUUGAAUUGAAUAAAACAGUUCGAAACACUCUACGCCCGAAUGCAUCGCAAAUUCAAUCGAUCAGUGAUGAUUGGAGAAAAGAAAUUGAUCUAUUAUUAUUACAAAGAAAAAAAAUCAAAGAAUCAUGGCUAGACAAAAUUAGAACUGCAUAUAAAUUUCGUGUUCAGACGAUUGAAGAAGAAAAUGCACGAAAAAAGAAGGAACAUGAUUUAGCAUGUCGACAAGUGGAAGAAAGAAUUCAACGUACAAAACAACUUUCAUCUGACAUAUUCAAUGAUAUUAAACUCAUUGGACAACUUUUACACGAAUCGAAAUUUGCAUCGAGUAAAUUCGAGAUUGACAAUGUCGACACUCUACUUGGUGAGACAGUACAACUUGUAAGACGGCUGCUGAAAAUUCAAGAAACCAUUCCAAAAGAAUGCCGACUGGACGAUGACAAAGAAGGCAAAGAGUUAAUGAAUAUGAUUAGCAUAGAGUCAAUUCGAAUUGAAGUGAAAGAAGUAUGUUAUGGGAAUGUUAAACCUGACCACUUCCGAAGAGUAUGGUACAAGGCGGACGAUUGGGAUAAUCAAAUUCGACUUGUUCUAGAGGCAGAAGAUAAAAAAGAAAUUGAAGGUAUAGUAAAGCCAUUAAAUCAUACACAUUGGUCGAAAACGGUAAACAAUCUAUUUUCCCAUUCAAUACCGAUAUCAUUCGAUGGUAUUUCAACUGAAGCACGUCAAUUUUGGUAUUUAGAACUCCGAGCCGGUGAAGAAAGUAAGAACAAAUGGACGAAAAUGACCCGUAAGCGUUUGCAUGUUCUCGAAUCUCCAUUCUACGAUCAAAAAACAGAAUCUUACAAUUUCGGAUACCUUGAUGGAGGGAUCAUUUCAGUACAAUUUACGCCGAAUAUCAAUAUCGGCAUUUUUCAGGUAUCUGCUGAAGAUGCUUUCAAAAUGACCAUUGGGCCUGAUACUACAACUGAAGGAACAGUAAUAGUUAUAAGCGAAGACCGUUCCCUUACUUUAACUUUAAGAUUAGAAUAUCAAAAUCUUAGUUGCUUCGAAAGAAGAAGAAAACUGGAAAAAUGGCUAAUCGAGCUUCGAUCGAAAUGCGAAGAUAUCGAACGUAAAAAGCCGUAUGACUUUGAGAUGCCACGAGAACCCGUUGCCAAAGAGAUACCUCCUCCGGAAACAACGGAGAAUCUACCAGAGAUUGGAAUGAGAGCCGAUAUUCGAAACCUAGAUGUUUUAACACCGCCCACGCAUCAUUGUCUCAUGACUCAACUUCCACCGAAGCACGAACAAUUAGAUAAAAUAAUAACUCAAACGAUAGACAAUCUAAAUAAGAGUAUCAGCGAUGAUGAACUGAAUAAGAUUCAAGAUGGUAUUGUCCGACGAUUUGAUUCCGCUGAUAAUUUGAAACAAGGAAUUAAAGUGUUCAAAGAAACGUUCCGUUUCGACAAAUUAUUAUCCACUCUUUUACAUCUCCAUAAAAUAUCAAUAGAAACACAAAAAUCUCUUCGAUCCGGCAAAGAAUACGAAGAAAGAUUAAAGAGCAUUUGCGAUGAUCUGAUACGACACAGUUUUCUCAUCCGUUUAUCUGAAAAUGAAGGUACAAUAUCUCGAGAAUCAAUCGAAAAGCUCUACACGUCUGAAAUGAAAACAUUACUUCAAGAAGCAAGCUCGUUAGCAAAAAAAGAACUGACCUUCGGUAUACUUGUCUAUUGUUACUUGAUUUCAACAGAAUUGAAUCUUAUUCAACUGAUCGUUUAUUCACUUGAGACAAAAGAACACGCCGAACAAGCUCUACAAGAAAUCGAAAUAAUCAAACAAUACUGUCUCGACAAAACCCAACAGAUAUUCAUUGACGAUAAGCAGAUUGAUUCAUGUCGACGAAUUCUUCAAGAUACGAUCAAUCAAAUUCACGAACGAAAGAAACAGAUUCGCACGACAGUCCAUCAACCUACACGUCUAGCUAAUUUGAAUGAAAUCAGCAAAGCCAUCAAUGUCAAAUCGCUUUUGAAAUCAACUGGAUCACCAUUCAUGAAUAAGAUCACAAUUGAUAAACAAGACGGUGAAUACUUUCCUUCACAAACAUCGAUAAUAAUUCAAUUUGAACAAAUUAUUCAAAACUGGUCUUAUGCACAAUUGAAAACUAAAGCACUUGAACUUGUCAAUAAUACCGACGAUGAGCUCGAUUUUGAACUACUGUCUGUUACACAAGAACGUUCGUUGUCCGUCUUCACUGUCCAAUCCUCAUCGUCAACGAUCGAGCCACAUGAUUCGAAAACUCUCAAGAUACUACCCAAAAGCGAAGUAGGUGAAGGAAAAUAUCGAGAAGAAUGGAAAUUGCAACUGGCGAACAAACGAUUGUCGAUUGGGGUCAAGCUUUGUUGCGAAAUCAAACAAUUCUUUGUCGGGAUUGAUCUACCGUUAAUGACAACGAGAAGUGCGGAUGAGGAAAUCAAAACUUAUGAAAUCAAUUUCGGUACUGUUCUCGCCUGUCCUCGUGCACAGCGAUCUCGUUCAUUUACCAUCGAAAAUCCCAUGUCUCUCGAUCUCCGAGUUAAAUUACGUCGAGAAGAAGGCGCAACUGGCAAAUUCGAGAUCGACAAAGCAGACUUCCAUCUAUUUGCUUAUGAAUCCAAAGAGAUGACUAUCGACUGGCAUAUUCUCGACGUGAUACAAGAUUCGAAAUGUGUCUAUGAAAUCUACUUCAGUAAAGAUCUCAAAUAUCGAAUCAUCUGUUUAGGAAAAAUACGAAAGAUCUGCUACGACAUUCUGUAUAAAUCGAUACAUUUAUCAGAGAAACAAUAUCGCAGUGAACUACCGGCAUGUCUGCCUGAUACAAUUCAUUACGAAGAAUUGACAAUACACAACACAGGAGAAGUCAAAAUGACGAUAGAAUCAAAGGCGGAAAACAAAUCCACAGACGCAGUGACGAUCAGUUUAUCACAUAAUCAAGUUGUUUUAGAGCCAAAUGCAUUGGCAGUGUUAAAAAUCGAACUGCAAAUGAAUAAACCACACGGAAGUCUUGAAAAUAUUGUUAAUUUGAACUUUCCUGACUCAACUCAACGAUCAGCAUUUAAAUUCAUUCUGAAAACCUCAGCUGGCUGGCCUGAAUUAGAUCAAGACCUUCUCAAGCCCUUGAAAAUGUUGAAGGUCGAAGAAAAUGCAAAUGAAGAGACUGGUCAAAUUGUUUUGUUCAACAAAGGUUUAGUUGAAAUGCUAAUUGAUAAGUUUCAUUCCACUUCAUCACAUGUAUCCAUCGAAUAUUCAAAUCCCUAUCCACAUUCGAUAUUACCUCGUCAGAGGAUUGAAUAUGACUUCGUUUACAAAGUUCUGAAGAAACUCCCUUCGUUCGAUUGUGAGUUCGUCCUGCACACCAAUUGUAAAGAAUCCACACAGCGUAUUCCGUUUCAUUGUAAACGUUUAGCACCAAUUAUCGCUAUCGAUCAAAAUGUUUUACAUUGUGGCACAACACACCCUCUAGCGAAACAUUCCUUCGAAAUAAAAAUGAAAAAUGAUGGACAUGCACGUGGAAUACUAGAAUGCGAACCAUACGAGAAUGAUAAUGUUAUUUCCUUCAGAGUCAGUAAUGAUACUAAAAGUGUUCCGAUAGCUGCAUUGGAUUCACGAAAGAUCAAGUGUAUUGUCGAGAUUAAAAAGGCUGCGCCAUUAGGAGAUUUCAAGAUUGAUAUUCCGUUAGUAGUUUCAUCGAGCACAGGCUUACCAAAGAAAUACAAGUUGGUAGUAACUGGACGAACGAAACCAAAAGACGAAUCGAAAGGAUCGAGUUCACUUAUUGAUCUCCCAUCAUCAUCGCAGCAGAUAGCACAGUCAACGACUGGAAAACGAUUGAUGAGUUUACUUGAAGACGAAACCUAUGCAUAUCGGCGACGUGCAGCAACUGCCAUUGCUCCAAUCAUUACUCAACUCGAUGAAUUGAUACAUCAUGAACCUAAACCUUCGGAUAUUCCCGAUAAUUUGACAUGUGAUGAAAUUCUCUCUGAACUCGAAUCCGAUGAACGUGAAAUAUCUUCGUACACAGAAAAAGUUCAAGAGAGUGUCAAGAAAACCUUCGAUCUGUUUUCUGGAAAGCACUGGAGUAGUCUAUACAAAAGCAUCGACGGUCUGCACUUCGAAGCAUCGUCAAUUCGAUCGAAAUUAUUAACCAACGAUGUACAACAGUCAUUAGAAUUCAGCUCGCAUCUGAAAAAAUGGUUCUUCAAAACACAUCAGCAUCUUCACUCCAACAAAAUUAUUCUCUCAUUCGAUAGAACUGAAGAUUCACUGAAUUUACUAAGUGUAACCAGUGCCGAAUGUUACAAACGAAUCAUCGAAUUCGCGCAAGGAACUUCAUUUCUCGAUGCACAACAUCGUUUGACUGAAUUACAGCAAGUCAAUAACACAGUCAACCAAUUAUCCUCUCUAUCACGAAAACUGCAAUCUAUCUGCAAAAUUUCUCAUUCAUUAAAUCCACUGAAAUGGUGCGCCCAAAUUCAAGAGUCGAUCAGUGUCCUUUUAAUCACUGAAACAUAUAUGAAAUGGGUUGCUUUUCCGUGCCAACCAAUGGCAAAGAACGAUUUGCAUAUCGUUUCCCAAACUCAAGAAUCCAUUCGACAACGAAAUCAAACGAAUGUUGAUGAUGACCAACAGGAAUCGAAAUCGGCUUUGAAACUAAUCAAUGUUCAUUUACAGAAAGUUCAAUCCAUUCCGAUCAUCUCAUCUGCUGAUCAACGUUUGGACAUCAUGUCGAAAUUGUAUCACUAUCUGUCCGUGACGGAAGAUGACAAGUACAUUUUAUUAGCGGCAUCGAAGUUAGAAUUGAAUGUUGCGUGUAAACUAACGAUGAAUUUCACGAUCAAAUCACAGUUUAUCGAAAAGAUGGAUGAGCAGCAAACGUUAUUAAAUUCGUCGAAUUUACUCGCGAGUUUGAACUGUUUGUAUUUCAUGCAUACAAUUCUGCGUGAGAUCUACGCAGAGAUCAAGUCAUGUCAUGGACAAAUCGAUAAAAUUCGUGACAAAUACGAUUCCGAAAGCAAUAAAUUAAGUGGGAAUGUCAGCGAGAUUGAUUUAGAAAUCGAAAAGAUUCGUGUGAAACGAGAGAAGUUAUUCGAACCGCGAUCUCCCAGUGAUGAAACGAUUAACAUCGACGAAGAACUAGAGAAACUUCGAAGUGAAGAACAAAAACUAGUCGACAAAAAAGAGCGUCAUUCGCGUGCGCUGAAAGCAAUCGAAGGCAUCUAUGAAGAUGUGUACAAUUUAUUCUUAUCACUACGAGAAAGUUUGAAGAAGUUUCAAGCGAACGGGUGGCUCCAAACCAUUCGGGAAUACGGUCGACGUCGACAGGAGAAUCAGAUAAGUGAAUUGCUGGAGAUCAUCUCGCGAAUCUAUAGAGCAGAAUACCAAUUGAACCAAACCUAUUCGUCGUCGAAUAAAAUCGAUGACGAGCAAAAACAGCUGAAAUCGGAGGUUCUACGACAAUCUGUUUUCAAUCAAAUGAACUUUCAUGAUAUCAAUACUCCGCAUGGGCGCGCAAGUUUGACGCUGAUGCAACUGAUCUAUCCAAAUUUAUUCCAGCAAAAUAUGUUAAUCUAUGUGUUGAAGGAAGAUACACUGAAAGCAAUCAUCGAAAGAUGUUUAGAAACGGAAACGACAAUCGAUAUUCUCAUCAAUGUUCAGCUAACUAAUAUUUUACUUGUCGAUAAACGGAAGUACAACCGAUAUACGACAGAUGAAACUGGAAUGGCACGCUUAAACGAACAACUUCUUCUCCAGCAUUUUGCCAUCAAUUAUGGAAGCGAGAAAACGUCACUUGACGAUGCUUUCAUUCAAUUUGCUGAUCGAUUUGUCACUGAAGUCAAACAGCGGUCUUCAAGUACAGAAAUCGAUACACAACGACAAAUCAUUCAACUGGAAAUCGAUGAUCCGACAAUGUUUCAAUUUACUUUGUCAUGUUUCAUUCAGAAGAUGAUUGAACAUCGACCAAUGGAAGAUUUUCUCAUCGAACCCAGUCAGAUCGAACGGUUAGAUCAAGAUAUUCAACGAUGGAUUCGAGAACAACAAUUGGCAGGCACAAUUCGUACUGAACAAGUCUACGACAAUCAGGUGGAAAACGAUAUUCAGAAAGAUAUCUCAUUUUUCUUGAAUAUCAUCGAACAGACAGAAUAUAUUGCUAAACAAACAUUGACAUCUACUGAUAUUAACUUUAGAGAACUUAUUCAAACGGUAAACAAAGCGCGAACCACUCUGACGCUGCCGAUUCUGGAGAAGCUCGAGAAGAAAUUAGACGAUACGUUAGUCCUAUGUGUGCCGAAAGAACCCAUUGCGAAAGCACGAACAUUGACUAUUGUCGAAGCAAAACAGUUUCGUUAUCCCGUUUUAAAUCUUCUCAAAUCACAUCUCGCCGAUUCAGAAACGAAAUUUCAUGCUUGUAUUUCGACAUUCAUCGAUCGUAUCCACAUGAUUCAGGCGAAAUUUCUACAAACUCUUUUGAUGCACCGAUCGAACAUGAACGAAAUCGAUCUAUAUAAAAAAUCGCAUCAAAUAUCGAAGCUAUUGAUCUCAAUUGUCGAAUUCGUUAUGAACAACAUCGAUGCGUACGGACUUACGACCUCAGUGGAACGUUUCUACGAAAGUAUUCAAUCAUUCGAGCGCGAGAUUAUCGAACACGUUGCGCAUAUACAAUCCAAACCAAAAGAAGAAUUGACUGUAGACGAUAAGCAGAGUUUCCAAUUGUUUACGAAAACUGAACUCGAAGACGCGAUUCAACAUGUUGCUGUCAAUUCAACUGAAAACAACAACCCGACAACAACCAUGGAACAGACCGAACCGAAAAUAACUAAGAAGAAUGCCGAAGAAACGAUGCUCGAACGUCAAAAUGAAGAAUUAACAAAAGUUGAAAAAGAGCUCGAGCAACUACGACAAUUGGCGAAACAAAAUGGCCUCUCUAGAAUUCAGUAUGCAAUCGUUAUGCUACUCAUGGAAUUGAAUGAAAUCAAACGUAAUAAAAACGUGUUGAACGAAGUUAGUUUAUUGAAAUGGAGAAACUAUCCAAAACAAUUGCAACGUCGAAUUGCGAGUGAAUCAAUCGAACAUAAGAAAACCGAUAUUUUCAAUAUUAAACGAGUGAAAUACGAGAAGACAUUCGAAAUCACUCCCGAAAUGCUUGACAAAUCGACUCAUCAUUCCAGUGGAAGCGAAUAUCGACUUUCCGAAGAAGAUCGAAGAAAUCUUUUGACUUUAGCGAACUCGUUAACCGAUGGAACAUGUUCAGAAAAGGAUAUCACAUUGGAAUUUCUCACUGAAUACUUCCACCAACGAACAUUCGAAUCCAUGUGGAAAAAUGUCGAAAAGAUGAUCUAUGACUUCUGCUCUCCAACAGAACAAAAUCGCUCGGCUCAAUGGAUUAUCGACAACUUAAAACAUCUCAUGGCAAUCUUUAUCUUUCUCGACUCAGCUUCGCUAGCUGAAAUUUGCAAAGAUUUGUUGCAAUUCUGCCAAGAACACGCACACGAUCAAACUGAGCAAUUUCAUUUGCCAGCAUCGAAAUUAGAACUUCUUCGUACGAAAACUUUGGAAAAUGCCAUUCAGCAGCGCGCGAGUCAAUUACAAAAGCUCAAUCCAUGUGACAAAUCGAAACUUCUGCUGAUCUCAUUUGAGGAUCAAGAUAGUCAAACAUAUGAAUUAGUACAUAUCUAUCCACGUUUGAUUCGAUUAUAUGAGCAACAUAAAACGCUAACACGAAUUUUAUAUGACCAGUCAAAUUAUAAUCAAGAAAUAGGUUUACAACUGUCAUACCUUCGACUAUCCGAUUGUAUUGCUCUUCUUUUCCCUGAAUUGCCAAUACUCUUCAUGAGUUCACUACAAUUAGAUGACUUUGACUUCGAAAAAGUUCAUCAUCUAGAGACUUAUCUCUCCAGUCAAGAAUUUCGAAUAUCGAUUAAAGAUUUGUACGAUAAACGUUUUGUUUUACAAGCCACGACAGGUGAUUCAAUAUCUCUUCUUUCGAGCAACAACGAAACAGCCAGUCAGACACUAAUCGACGCGUUGAAAGCCGUUGUUCAAACAAUGACAAACGUGGCAACUACCGAAGAUCUACAUAAACAUUGGCUCUCUCAGUUAUUUGAAAGCAAUGAAUAUCAUGCAUUUUUCGCAUUGGAAAUGCAGUUAUUCGUGAGUAAUUUCUUCGAUGAAAUGAAAGAUAAUCUAUCGGAACUCAAAAAUAAGUUCAACGAUACAGGAACUAUUAUCAAAGCAACGAACUACUUGAAAUUUUCCGACUCGAUUGUCACUGAAUGUGGACAAGAACUUCAACGAUGCCGUUCGCGAAAAGUAACCGCUGAAAAAGAAUUGAAUGAAUUACCAUCGCACAGUGCUAGACGAGAUGAUUUACAAAGAUCUGUUGAGAAGGCCAAUCGAGAAUAUAACAACAUCGAAAAAGAGUAUCAAAUGAAAUUGAAUAAAGUUGCGAACGAACAGAUACGUCGAUUGUUACAAGUCAAUCGUCAGUUACAAGUCAAAGGAAGUGCUUUGUCAUUGGAAAUCAUCGACAAGAUCCAAGACAAACAGCGUGAAGGAGCUGAAAGCCAAGACAAGCAACAGGUUUACACAUCCAGCGAAUUCUAUGCGUAUUUAUUCCAAGCGAAAGCCACUCUACUCAAACUUGACAAGGCACAAUUCGAGAAAGUCAGAACUCGCGUUCAGCAAAUUCUCAAACAACUUCAACAAGAACUCACACAAUGCUACGACGAUUAUGAAAAGGCUCUGCAAUGGCUUCAGUCCGAUGAUAAACUACACAAAAUCUUUCACAAUUAUCUGCUCGCUUACAAAUUAAUCCACAUUCAACUAUUUAAUUCCGUACGAAAUUGGCUACACGAUAUGAACAAUCAACGAAAUUUGUAUUUGCAACAAAUGGAAGAUGUGAUCAAUCGAACAAACACAGCGAUUAUCGAAUCAACUGAGAUAAUCGAGCAGAUUAUCAAAGCACCACACAUCACGGCGAUUGCAACAAGUUUGGAGACAGUUCACGGAAGAGUCAAACGUCUCAGUCAAAUCGCCUUUCAGAUUAAUGAAGAUGCAAAUACCACCCGUGUUGUCUAUUCUUCGAAAGUACUUUCGACUUUACUACAAUAUUGCGCAGGUUUAUACGCUCGUAUCGCAAUUUUCCUCGUUCAGCUGUUCAAAACUCAACAAACAAAUCCAUUAAUUUUCGGUCAAUUGAAAACCAUGCCGAUGCAAAUCAAUGAUCAGUCAUAUGAAUGGGAGGAUCACAUGAGACGAUUGAUCAGUCUCAGCGGAUAUCGUGAGCAUUCGGAUUUACCUGGCACAACCUUACCGGUCGAUGAAUAUUCGUUAAAAGAAUUUCAUAAAUCUCUCUCCUAUGAUUUUCGAAUGUUGCAACAUAGUUUCAUCCUUCGAUAUAGCCAUACAUUCGGCGAAAUCUGUUACAAUCCAGCAGCACUGAUCGAUCAUAUCGAACGAAAAAUGAAAGAUCUUUUACAAAUUGGCGAUUGGAAUGAAGGUGGAAAGGCGACGGACGCACCAGCAAAAACAUAUCCUUUAGUGCAGGUCAGUUAUAACCUUAAUGUACUUGCUAAUAAUACUCAAUGUUUGAUAUCAAAACUCCUGGAAAAUCCGUCGGAUAUGAUGGAAAGUGACACGAUCAAAAAUUUACGACCAUUUUUGGAGAAUCUCAAACGUGCCAUAUGUUUAUCGUGUUCAUCGUCGUUAGACACAAUGCAUACGGAGUUCUUAGAUUAUAUUCAUAAAGAUCAUCUGGAUCUUUUGUUAGAACAAGGCCUUCUAUUCAUGAAGUGUUUAUUCGACGAACGAAAGAAAUUGAUCGAACCGCUGAGUCACAUUCGAUCAGUUUUAGAAAAUUUCGUCGACCAAUUUAUUGUGUUUUUCAUUCAGUUAAUUCAACAACAGCAACAAAAACAAGUCGAUAUCUUGGAAAAAGAUUACAACAAAACCAUUAAUAUGCGUGUGAGUUUCGAAGAUAUUCACUUAUUAGAAACAUUGUCCAAAGCGAAUUUGAUUCGUCAUUUUCGACAUAUGGAAGGCAUUGACGUAGAAAUCGAUUGGUACAGUCAACUGGUACAAUUUCUUCUUCAAGGUUGGCUACAAGCUUCGAAAAUUCUUCGCGCAUUUGCAGCUCCGUCCAGUGGAGAACAUGAUUCUACAUCGAAGCGUUUACGCUAUUCAUUUGUCUUCAAAUUAUUAAAUGACGAAGGGCAACAAAUUUUCAUAUUUAUCAGACAAACUAUCGGACAACUAAAAGAAAAAUAUCCGAGAAGAGAAAUGCUUAACGAUGAACCUGUUGUUGUUUAUUUGAUUCGACUGACGAAAUUACUUCGAUAUGAAUUAUUGCGAAUGUCGACGGUUAAUUUGAAAGACUUGAAAAUUGAGUUGAACAAAACAGUUCGAAACACUCUACGCCCGAGUGCAUCGCAAAUCCAAUCGAUCAGUGAUGAUUGGAGAAAAGAAAUUAAUCUUCUAUUAUUGCAACGGAAAAAAACCAACGAAUCUCUGUUAGAAAAAAUAAAAGAUCGAUACAGAAUUCAUGUUCAAACGAUUGAAGAAGAAAAUGCAAGGAGAAAACAGGAACAUGGUUUGGCAUGUCGACAAGUGAAAGAAAGAAUUCAACGUACAAAGCAACUUUCAUGUGAGAUUUUCAACGAUAUCAAACUCAUCGGACAACUUUUACACGAAUCGAAAUUUGCAUCGAGUAAAUUCGAGAUUGACAAUGUCGACACUCUACUUGGUGAGACAGUACAACUUGUAAGACGGUUGCUGAAAAUUCAAGAAACCAUUCCAAAAGAAUGCCGACUGGACGAUGACAAAGAAGGCAAAGAGUUAAUGAAUAUGAUUAGCAUAGAGUCAAUUCGAAUUGAAGUGAAAGAAGUAUGUUAUGGGGAUAUUAAGCCUGAACAUCAUAGAGGAAUAUUAGUUUAUAAUUGGGACAGUCAAAUUCGACUUGUUUCAGAGGGAGAGAAUAAAAAGGAAAUUGAAGGUAAAGUGAAAUCAUUGAAUCACACACAUUUGUCGAAAACGGUAUACAAUCUAUUCUCCGAAAUAAUACCUACUUUAUUCGAUGGUAGUUCAACGGAAGCACACCAAUCUUGGUAUUUAGAACUCCAAGCUGGUGAAGAAAGUAAAAAUAAAUGGACGAAGAUGACUCGUAAGCGUUUGAAUGUUCUCGAUUCACCCUUCUAUGAUAAAAAAACCGAAUCUUACAAAUUCGGGUACCGUGACACUGGAACCAUUUCAGUACAAUUUACGCCGAAUAUCAAUAUUGGUAUGUUUCAGGCAUCCGCCGAAGAUAUGUGCAAAAUGAUAAUUGAACCUGAUACAACAAUCGAAGGAACAACAGUGAUUAUAAGUGGAGAUCGUUCCCUUGCUUUAAGGCUAGAAUACCAAGACCUUACUCGAUUUGAUAGAAGAAGAAAACUGGAAAAAUGGUUAACGGAGCUUCGACUUAAAUGUGCGGAUAUCGAAAGUAAUAAGUCGUAUGACUUUGAGAUGCCACGAGAGCCUGUUGCCAAAGAGAUACCUCCUCCCGAAGCGACAAAUGACCUACCAGAGAUUGGAAUGAGAGCCGAUACCCAAAAACUGAACGUAUCAACACCACCCACGCAUCAUUAUCUCAUGACUCAACUCCCGCCGAAACACGAACAAUUAGAUAAAAUAAUCACUCACACAAUAGACACCUUGAAUAAGAGUAUCAGCGAUGAUGAACUGAAUAAGAUUCAAGAUGGUAUUGUCCGACGAUUUGAUUCCGCUGAUGAUUUGAAACAAGGAAUUAAAAUGUUCAAAGAAACGUUCCGUUUCGACAAAUUAUUAUCCACUCUUUUGCAUCUCCAUAAAAUAUCAAUAGAAACACAAAAAUCUCUUCGAUCCGGCAAAGAAUACGAAGAAAGAUUGAAGAGCAUUUGCGAUGACCUGAUACGACACAAUUUUCUCAUCCGUUUAUCUGAAAAUGAAGGUACAAUAUCACGAGAAUCAAUAGAAAAGCUCCACACGUCUGAAAUGAAAACAUUACUUCAAGAAGCAAGCUCGUUAGCAAAAAAAGAACUGACCUUCGGUAUACUUGUCUAUCGUUACUUGAUUUCAACAGAAUUGAAUCUUAUUCAACUGAUCGUUUAUUCACUUGAAACAAAAGAAAAUGCCGAACAAGCUCUACAAGAAAUCGAAAUAAUCAAACAAUACUGUCUCGACAAAACCCAACAGAUAUUCAUUGGCGAUAAGCAGAUUGAUUCAUGUCGACGAAUUCUUCAAGAUACGAUCAAUCAAAUUCACGAACGAAAGAAACAGAUUCGCACGACAGUCCAUCAACCUACACGUCUAGCCAAUUUGAAUGAAAUAAGCAAAGCCAUCAAUGUCAAAUCGCUUUUGAAAUCAACUGGAUCACCAUCCAUGAAUAAGAUCACAAUUGAUAAACAAGACGGUGAAUACUUUCCUUCACAAACAUCGAUAAUCAUCCAAUUCGAACAAAUUAUUCAAAACUGGUCUUAUGCACAAUUGAAAACUAAAGCGCUCGAACUUGUCAAUAAUACCGACGAUGAGCUCGAUUUCGAAAUCCUACCUGUUACACAAGAACGUUCGUUGUCCAUCUUCACUGUUCAACAUCCGUCGUCAACGAUCGAACCUCAUGAUUCGAACAUUCUGAAGAUAAUCCCGAAAAGCGAAGUAGGUGAAGGGAAAUAUCGAGAAGAAUGGAAAGCACAACUGGCGAACAAACGAUUGUCGAUUGUGGUCAAGCUUUGUUGCGAGAUCAAACAGUUCUUUAUCGGAAUCGAUUUACCAUUGAUGAAAACAAAAGGCGCAGAUGACCAAAUCAAUACGUAUGAAAUCAAUUUUGGUACUGUUCUCGCGUGUUCUCGUUCACGGCGAUCUCGUUCGUUCACCAUCGAAAAUCCCAUGUCUCUCGAUCUCCGAGUUAAAUUACGCCGAGAAGAAGGCGCAACUGGCAAAUUCGAGAUCGACAAAGCGGACUUCCAUCUAUUUGCUUAUGAAUCCAAAGAGAUGACUAUCGACUGGCAUAUUGUCGACAUGAUACAAGAUUCAAAAUGUGUCUAUGAAAUCUACUUCAGUAAAGAUCUCAAAUAUCGAAUCAUCUGUUUAGGAAAAAUACGAAAGAUCUGCUACGACAUUAUGUAUAAAUCGAUACAUUUAUCAGAGAAACAAUAUCGCAGUGAACUACCGGCAUGUCUGCCUGAUACAAUUCAUUACGAAGAAUUGACAGUACACAACACAGGAGAAGUCAAAAUGACAAUAGAAUCGAAGGCGGAAAACAAAUCCACAGACGCAGUGACGAUCAGUUUAUCACAUAAUCAAGUUGUUUUAGAGCCAAAUGCAUUGGUGGUGUUAAAAAUCGAACUGAAAGCGAGUAAAUCACAUGAAAGUCUUGAAAAUGUUAUUAAUUUGAACUUUCCUGACGCAAAUCAACGAUCAGCAUUUAAAUUCAUUCUGAAAACCUCAGCUGGCUGGCCUGAAUUAGAUCAAGAUCUUCUCAAGCCCUUGAAAACGUUGAAGGUCGAAGAAAAUGCAAAUGAAGAGACCGGUCAAAUUGUUUUGUUCAACAAAGGUUUAGUUGAAAUGCUAAUUGAUGAGUUUCGUUCCACUUCACCACAUGUAUCCAUCGAGAAUUCAAAUACCUAUCUACAUUCGAUAUUACCUCGUCAGAGAAUUGAAUAUAAAUUCAUUUACAAAGUUCAGAAGAAAUUUCCUUCAUUCGAUUGCGAAUUUGUUCUUCACACCAAUUGUAAAGAACCCAUGCAACGUAUUCCAUUUAAGUGCAAACGUUUAGCACCAAUCAUCACUAUCGAUCAGAAUGUUUUGCAUUGUGGCACAACAUAUCCUUCUAACAAGCAUAUCUUCGAAAUAGCAAUGAAGAACGAUGGACACGCACGUGGACAACUAGAAUGCGAACCAUAUGAGAACGAUGACGUCAUUUCCUUCAGAAUCACCAAUGAUACUAAAAGUGUUCCGAUAGCUGCAUUGGAUUCACGAAAGAUCAAAUGUAUUGUCGAGAUUAAAAAGUCUGCGCCAUUGGGAGAUUUCAAGAUUGACCUACCAUUAACAAUUCGAUCAGGAACAGGUUUAUCAAAGAAAUACAAGUUGGUAGUAACUGGACGAACUAAACCAAAAGACGAAUCGAAAGGACCGAGUUCACUUAUUGAUCUCCCAUCAUCAUCGCAGCAGAUAGCACAGUCAACGACUGGAAAACGAUUGAUGAAUUUACUUGAAGAUGAAACCUAUGCAUAUCGGCGACGUGCAGCAACUGCUAUUGCUCCAAUCAUUACUCAACUCGAUGAAUUAAUACAUCAUGAACCUAAACCUUCGGAUAUUCCCGAUAAUUUGACAUGUGAUGAAAUUCUCUCUGAACUCGAAUCCGAUGAACGUGAAAUAUCUUCGUACACAGAAAAAGUUCAAGAGAGUGUCAAGAAAACCUUCGAUCUGUUUUCUGGAAAGCACUGGAGUAGUCUAUACAAAAGCAUCGACGGUAUUUUGAACGAACAAUUGGCGCCGGCGAUCAUCGGUUCACCCUAUAAGAGCGAAUCAGAGAAUCUUCUAUUACCUCUUGAAUGUGCAAAGAAAUUAUCUGUUCUCUUCGAAGAACAAUCACGAACAAGCGACAAGCAGAUCCUAGGACGUCUAUUGGAAUAUGAACAUCAUUCUUUCGAGAGAAAUGCCGAUGAUUUGACAGCUAGAAAACGUUUACUCGAUUACACAACGGAAUUGAUUUCAAAUCAAAAUACACAACUGACAGGCAAAGAGAAACAACAGAUGAAAAUGUUUACAGAUAAAGUUGCGAAUGUCGUGCAGUGUAUCGAGGAAAAAGGCCAUCCGGAACAAGCAUUCAGUAACUUGAUAUCCGAAAUGAAAACAGAAACUAAUGGAAACUCUGUGAGUUUUCUCGAUCAAAUCUUACAAUUAGCAGUGAAUGAAACACCAUUAGAUGAGAAGACGGUUUUACAAAAACUAUACGAAUCCGAUGUACCACUAGUCGACACGGAAUUAGUUACACAAGCCAUUUCCGCUUCGGAAAAUGAACUUUCAGCUAGAUCAGCACUCGACUUCCUGCAAACACAUUUGGAUGAUUCAGAGGAGGCAAUGAAUGCAAUUGAAUUAAUGAAGCUAAGUGAAAAAUUAUCACAUGAAGAUUAUCAACCAUCCGUGAGAGAUAUCGCAACACUACCCUAUGUCAUGGCUUCAUUGUCAUCAGAUUUAGAAGCGAAUGAAAAAGAAAAUAUUCGUGGUUUCCAACGUCUAAUCUCAAACUUAACUAAUGGUAUUAAAAAAUUAGCCGAUUCGAGUUGUGACUGGUCGAAGUUCAUCGAAGAUCUAUGUGCGACAUUGAGUCUACAUAUUGAUAAAACAAUCGUCAAUUCAUUGAGAACUGUUUUGACUAUAGUCCUAUUAGUAGAUCGAACAUCUAUCUGCAGCAAGGAAACGUAUAUUGCUAUCGUUUCAGCAAUGUUAAAUUUUGGCAAUGAUCGUUGCCGAAGUUUAUCAUCCGAUUUGGAAAAACUAACUGUACAAAGAGAUCCAUUUGAUCUCUUUGAAACAAUCUUAUCAGUUACUUACAAUUGCCGUCGAUUGAAAGCAACACAAGUUACAUGGAUCAAAGUGAUUCGUGAUACAAUGACAACAUUUCGAUCGCCAUCUCAUUCACCAAAAUCGCUCGUCAGUCUCGUUAGAACAUUGGAAGAUUCGUUGCUAGAACAAUUAGGAGUAUCUGAGCAUAAGAAAUUGCAUGAUACUCUCGCAGCGAUCAUAUCCGAUAUGGAAAAAAGCCACACUCUUGGAGUAAUGCAAAGUGUUUCUGAUCUAUGUGACUUGAUGCAUCCGGAAAAUACCGAACAAAAAGCAAACAGUGUAUUCAUACAAAUCAUCUCGAAUAUCGAUACAGUGGCCAUGACGCAAAUGGAAGUGUUAGAACUAGGUAUUCAGUUAACGAGCCGGUUAAAUGAUGGUGGCAACGGACGCAAGACUCUCGAUCAUUUGAAUACAUUACUCGAGUCUUAUCAAAAUUUAAUGCCCGUGAUGAACGGUGAAUUAACUCGAUCCAACGUGUCACAGUUAGUUGAACAAACGAUUCAGUGCAUUCCUGAUGAAACUACCAAAGAACUUUUGAGACCAAUUUCAACUGUCUUGCAUAGAUUGAGUACCAGUGAACGUGUCACUAUGGAGACUGUUGUUAAUCUUCUAGAUAUCAUUCCAGAUCAACAUUUAUCCGAACAUGUCAAAUGUAUUUUCUCAACGGCACCGGAAAUACUCAAUGGUGACAUCAAGCAGUCGGUGAUGGAAUUAGCACAACAACUAAUUAGUAGCGAACUGGCAGAUGUUAGUGAAAUAAGUCUGAAAACAAUCAUGGAUCAAGGCGUUUCUGCACCAACGAAAGCAUUAAAAUCNAGCUAG